AUGGUGCGAGAACAAGCGCCAGCUCGAAAUCCACUUGCGCCAUCCAUGGGUAAUGCGGCGCCUCCCACGAGGCCGCAAGAGAAGGAUGAACGCCCAGAAAACCGUCCGCAACCGCUCUAUCCCAACUUGCAGAAUCAACUAGAACAACCUCAGUUCGGCAGACCGACGGCGCUGGGAGCCUCUCCGCAACCGUUUGCACGACCGCAGCCUCCAGUAAAGCCAGCGGCAAAUGUAUCGGCCCCACGACAGAGUAACAAUAGUCAGCCAGAUAAAUACUCAAAUCUAUUCGUUGCUUCGAAGAGACCCUCUCAACGACCAGAACUACAUAAACCCCACGUUGUCGCGAACCCUCUGAACGCAUUUCGAGACAUUAACAAUGCCUCGAAGCAGUCCAAGCCACGAUUAUCAGACGACGAUCUUGUCGAAAUUCCCAAACCUGCAAGCCUCUCACAAUCCCAGGCCAAGACCACGUCCUUGCAUCAGGACAGACGGUCGAUAGACGAUGUGUUCGAAAUCCCCAAACCUUCCAACUGGCCGUCAUGGCAACCGAAACCCGUUGGUCAUCCUAGUUUCUCUUCUCAAAAGUCCACGAAUCCGUAUUUCAGACCCCAAAACAUCAUUGAUAUGACUAUCGAUAAGAUAGGUUCUGCAACAAAUCGAAGCCAUUGGGAAGAGGAACGGUUCUCAUCAUCAGACCCUUACACAUAUAUCGAUUCGGCCAAGGCAAACGAGAACAUCAAAGCGCUACUCGAGGGGGCAUUUGAAGAUGAGGAAGACAAGCCACGAACCAGAAGACGGAAGAAGCAACUGGAAACAAAACUCGAAGAUCUUUCCGAUAAAUUAAAAGUCCUCACUGUCAAGGGUGAGGAAGGCAAAGAAGAACAAGAAGAUAAUGGAGAGGGAGAGGAAGAUGACGAAGAAGACGAUGGCACUAUUGCCGGCCUAAAGGUUAAACUCCUUCCACACCAGAUCGAUGGCGUAAAUUGGAUGUGCGACAAGGAGACUGGCACCAAAAAGACCAGAGGCGUGCUGCCGAAAGGUGGAAUCCUAGCAGAUGACAUGGGUCUGGGCAAGACAAUCCAGUCCAUCGCUCUCAUCCUGUCAAACCCCAAGCCUACCGCCGAAGAACUCCAGAAGUCUAAACGAAAACUUCCCGAAAACAUAGGCAAAGGAACCCUAGUCGUGGCACCUCUCGCAUUGAUAAAACAAUGGGAAGCUGAAAUCAAAGACCGCGUCGAGGAUGAUCAUGCGUUGAGCGUUGUUGUCCAUCACGGUGCACAUCGGACAAAGAACUUCAAGGAUCUCAAGAAGCACGAUGUCGUGAUUACCACCUACCACACUCUUUCUUCCGAGCACGCUGGGUCUGGUGGAAAUAUCAAGGUGGGAUGCUUUGGAGUCCACUGGUAUCGUAUCAUUCUCGACGAAGCGCACAGCAUCAAAAAUCGCAAUGCCAAAGCCACCAAAGCUGCAUGUGCUCUUGAUGCCGAGUACAGAUGGUGUCUGACGGGCACUCCAAUGCAGAACAACCUCGACGAACUGCAGAGUUUGAUCCAUUUUCUGCGCAUCAAACCGUAUGAUGACCUCAACCAGUGGCGCGAGAGCAUUACGAAACCUAUGGCUAACGGGCGAGGUGGGCUAGCAAUUACCCGACUACAGGUUUAUCUCAAGGCGUUCAUGAAGAGGCGGACCAAAGAUGUUCUGAAACAGGGAUCCCAGCCUGGAAAGGAUGGAGAAAAGAAAAAAGGCCCUGGAUUCAACAUUGUGGCGCGAACGGUUGAGAAAGUCGAGGCCGAAUUUAGCGAACAGGAACGCGAGUUUUACGCUCGCUUGGAAAACAGAACGGAUCGAAGCCUUGCAAUGAUGAUGGCUGGUAAUAAGAUGAGUUAUGCUUCGGCGCUGGUGCUGCUCAUGAGAUUGCGACAGGCCUGCAAUCAUCCGAAAUUGACAGGGAGCGACCUGAGUAACGAGACUGAUCCGGUAGGAAGUCAGACACCCAGCCGACGUAAGGCGAGCGUCGACGACGAAAUGGACAGCAUCGCGAACAUGCUUGGCGGCCUCAGUGUAGAGAGCAGACGAUGCGAUGUGUGUCAGGUGGAAUUAUCCAGACAAGAAGCCAAAGACGGUGCGAUUCGUUGUCAAGAGUGCGAGGCGGAUCUUGAAGAGCAAAAUAUGCAGGUGACCAAAACCAAGAAGAGCAAAAAGGAAAAGAUUGCCAAGAAGGAGAAACAGACUAUUCGAAAACAACGCAAAGAAGCUAGACGGGUCAUUGUUGACAGUGAUGACGAAGAAGAAGAUGAUAACGGUAGUGAUGAUGAACUUGACGAAGACGACGAUGAUGAGUGUGUAUCUUCUUCUGACGACGACGACUACGACUCGAGUGAAAAUGAGUCUCCCAACAUCAUGCAAUCGGCGAAGAUCCGACACUUGCUCGGGAUCCUCAAGGCCGACUCCCACAAGCAUAAAUACAUUGUCUUUUCGUUCUUCACGUCGAUGCUUGAUCUAAUCGAACCAUUCCUCCGGCACCAGCGAAUCAGAUACGUCCGGUACGAUGGAAAGAUGCGCAACGACGCACGUGAGGCAAGUCUCCAUAGCCUACGCACCGAUCCCUCGACUCGCGUGUUGCUCUGUUCCCUGCGCGCGGGUAGCUUGGGUCUCAACCUCACGGCGGCCAGCCGGGUCGUGAUCCUCGAACCGUUUUGGAACCCGUUUGUCGAGGAACAGGCCAUCGAUCGCGUUCACCGUCUCAAUCAGACUGUCGACGUCAAGGUUUACAAACUCACUAUCAAGAACACAGUCGAGGAGAGGAUCCUCGAGUUGCAAGACAAGAAGCGGGAAUUGGCCAAUGCGACGAUAGAGGGUAAGACGGGAGCCAUGAAGCUUACCUUGCAGGACAUGUUGAAGUUGUUUGGAAGAGAGGCCGAAAGCUCUCAACCUGUGGAUGUCUCCAAAGUUGGUAUGGGUAUCGCUGGUAGAGGAAGGGGGUUAUUGGAACCUAGUCAGUUUCAAUCCCAAUCUCAAUCCCAGACGACCUCGAGAACGAGUACGACCACGAGAGAUGCGUAUGGUGGCGCCGGCGGGCCCGGAAGAGAACGCGCCAGAGAACGAGUAAGUGAUGGUGCGAAGAAGAAGGACCAUGAAAUUUACGGACGACGAUGGUGA